AUUACGAGCGAGGAGUUGAGGCUGCCCUCGCCAUUGCCAUCAACGCAGGAGUUGGACAUACCAAGAGAGACGCCGUUCCGAAGCUUGGCGACGCAUCUCGAUGUAUCCCAAUGGGAGGCCUCACGGCUGGGAGAGGGCUCAGUUGAGCCGGCGUGCUACGUGCCAUUGGAGGAGCCCCUUGACCCUGAGAUGGAGACAGGCAUGCGAGACCGAGAGGAGCCGCAAGACCUUGAGAUGGCAGCCGAGCGGCCAGAUCCGGCCUCGCCGGGUCAGGGAGCAGCGGUGGAGGUCCCUCGACAAGCCGAGCCAAUGGAGGAGGCGCCCUUGGAUGCAGUUGAGGAGGAAGGUGGUGCGCAGGAGUCGCUUAUGGCUAUGUCCACGGAGAGGAGAGGUUCGCGCUUGCAUGAGCUGGCGGCAGCCAUGGGGAUAGGCACUCCACAGGAGAGGCCUCAGAGACUCGACGCUCCAGAGCAUGCCCCGAGGUUGGGGGAGUUGAGGGCAGAGCUGGGCUCCUGGGCCACGGGGGCCGACUCAGGAGGACCUGACUCGCGACGGCAACAGCAGCAGGAGGUCAUGAGUGAGCCCGCCGCUAUGGGGGGCUCUCAACCGUCAGGAGUAUGUAGGGAUGAGGCGAUGAUGACAGAGAGGGCGCAUGAGGAGGGACCCCGAGAGUUGGAUACGCCAGAGCGCAGGUCAGGGAGUGCGGCUGCACGAGGGGGUGAGGGUGCUGAGGUUAUGGAGCCUGGACCUCAGGGCCAUGUGGGGUUGCCCUCGGAUCCUGAGGUGACUACUGAGACCGUGGGGACGCCUUCGGCAUCGAGUUCGCGGGGGAAAAAGAAGAAGGUUGCCAGGUGGCACGAUACCUCAUGUUUUUGGUGCAAGGAGGGAGGGCAUAGAGCCGUGGAUUGUCCAAAGCUCCUUGAGGAUACGGCCGAGGGGCGAGUUGCGGAAGUCAAAGGCAAGUACUAUGACAGACAGGGCAGGAUAGUGGGGCGAGCACUAGAUGGGGGCAGGGCUCAGUUGUAUAGGCAGAACCAGGAGGAAUUGUGUAAGUAGGGAUCGGUCUGUCUAUAUAUUGAUAGGACGAGGGAUCCUUGACACACACAGGGCGGGGUUAGGGGUGUACAUGUCUUGAGUCAG